UCGCGGCUCCGCUAUAAAAGCCGGGUCGGCAUGUCCGCGGCACCCCCGGCGGCCUCCUCCGUGCGCGACCCCCGGCUCGGCGGCGUCUCCGUGGCCCCUCGGCGCUGCGCAGGAUGCGGCUGCUGCUGGCGCUCCUGGUCCUCGCCGCCGCCCCGCCCUGGGCCCGCGCAGAGUCACACUGGUGCUACCAGCGUCAAGUCAAGCCCUCCAACUACACCUGCUUGGGGCCGGACCAGUGGGGUGACAGCUGCCAGGAGGACCGCCAGUCCCCCAUCAACAUCGCCACUGCCAAGACAAAGCUGGACCCAAACCUGGGACCCUUCUCCUUCUCCGGCUACGACAAGAAGCAGAAGUGGGUGGUGCAAAACAACGGGCACUCAGUGAUGGUGCUGCUGGGGGAUGAGGCCUCGAUUGCUGGAGGAGGACUGACCACCCGGUAUCGGGCCAAGCAGCUGCACCUGCACUGGUCUCAGGUGCUGGAUCAGGGCUCAGAGCACAGCUUCGACGGAGAUCGCUUUGCCAUGGAGAUGCACAUAGUACAUGAGAAAGAAAAGGGGACAUCGGGGAACGUGAAUGAGAGCCCGAACUCCGAAGAUGAGAUCGCAGUGCUGGCCUUCAUGGUGGAGGCUGGACCCACGAACGUUAACUUCCAGCCCCUGGUGCAGGCGCUGUCUGCCAUCCCCACACCCGAUACGAACACCACACUGAAAGACAGCGUCAGCCUCUUCGACCUGAUCCCCAAGGAGGAGAAACUGAAGCACUACUUCCGCUACCUGGGCUCGCUCACCACGCCAGGCUGUGACCAGAAGGUGGUCUGGACCGUGUUUCAGGAGCCCAUCCAGCUCCAGGAGAACCAGAUCCUGCAGUUCUCCCAGGAGCUGUUCUAUGACAAGGAGCGGAAAGUGGAAAUGACAGACAACGUGAGGCCCGUGCAGCCCCGGGGGCAGCGCCAGGUUUUCAGGUCCAGAGCCCCAGGACGGCUGCUGCCCGUGCCGCUGCCUGCCCUGCUGGCCCCCGUGCUCACCUACCUGGGCGCAGGCUUCCUCCUGUGACGGCUCACUUCUGCACACUUGACCUCUGGUCUCAGGCCUUAAGAGGGCUUGGGCUCUGUCCCUCAGGCUU